GGGGCCGCUGUGUCCGACAGCCCCGGGGUUAUGCCCGGCUGCAGGCGGGGCGCAGGGCCAGGGGCAGCCCGCGGCCGGGGCUCGCAGGUGUCCGGCAGGAGCAGGGGCCGGUGAUCCCCAGCAGCACCCCCCACCCCCGGGAAGGGGUGCGCGGGCGCUCCGCGGCGGGGGAGGAGGAGGAGGAGGAGGAGGAGGAGGAGGAAGAUGCUGCUGCUGAGGAUGCUGAGGAUGCGGCGGGCCGGAGCGGAGCGGGGGUACCCGGGCAGAGCCUGGCUGUGCUGCUGGCUGCUGGGCUGGCAGGCGGCCGCCCUGCAGCUGCCGCCCUGCGAGGAGACAGAUUACCACUUCGAGUACACGGAGUGCGACAGCAGUGGCUCCAGAUGGAGGGUGGCUGUCCCGAAUCCGUCAGUGGAGUGCUCUGGACUACCUGACCCCGUGAGAGGGAAGGAAUGCACUUUCUCCUGUGCCUCUGGUGAGUACCUGGAGAUGAAGAACCAGGUGUGCAGCAAAUGUGCAGAGGGGACCUACUCACUGGGCAGUGGGAUCAAGUUUGAUGAGUGGGAUGAGCUGCCAGCAGGAUUCUCCAACGUGGCAACUUUCAUGGACACGGCGGUUGGCUCAUCUGAGAGUAAAGCUGACAGCUGCAACAACUCUUCAUGGACGCCUCGAGGGAAUUACAUAGAGUCAAACAGGGAUGAUUGUACAGUUUCUCUCAUCUAUGCUGUGCACCUGAAGAAAUCUGGCUUUGUCUUCUUUGAAUACCAGUAUAUUGACAACAACAUCUUCUUUGAAUUUUUUAUACAAAAUGAUCAGUGCAAAGAAAUGGAGUCCACAGCAGACAAAUGGGUGAAGCUCACAGACAACGGGGAAUGGGGCUCUCAUUCUGUAACUCUGAAAUCAGGUAGCAAUAUAUUAUACUGGAGAACAACAGGGAUUCUCAUGGGCUCCAAAGUUGUAAAACCAGUUUUAGUGAAGAACAUCACAAUUGAAGGAGUUGCGUACACAUCUGAAUGCUUCGCGUGCAAGCCUGGUACCUUCAGUGACAAACCAGGUGCAUCUGGCUGCCAGGUGUGCCCACGAGACACUUACUCUGAGAAAGGGGCUAAGGAGUGCACCAAGUGUAAAGAAGAAAUGUAUUAUGCAGAGGAGGGAUCCAGUGCAUGCAUAGAGCGACCUCCAUGCACAAGCAAAGACUUUUUCCAGAUCCAUACUCCAUGUGAUAAGGAGGGAAAAACUCAGAUCAUGUACAAGUGGAUUGAACCCAAGAUCUGCAGAGAGGAUCUCCCCGAUGCAUUGACCCUUCCUCCUUCUGGAGAGAGGCAGGACUGUCCACCCUGCAAUCCUGGCUUUUACAACAACGCCUCAUCUUCCUGUACCCCCUGCCCACCAGGCACAUUUUCAGAUGGGACACAGGAGUGCAAAGCCUGCCCUGCUGGGACUGAACCAGCACUUGGAUUUGAGUAUAAGUGGUGGAACAUCCUGCCAGGAAACAUGAAGACAUCUUGCUUUAAUGUUGGCAACUCGAAGUGUGAUGGGAUGAAUGGUUGGGAGGUGGCUGGUGAUCACAUCCAGAGUGGGGCAGGAGGCUCUGACAAUGACUAUCUUAUCUUGAGCCUGCACAUCCCAGGAUUUAAACCUCCAACAUCAGUGACAGGAGCAACUGGGUCAGAACUGGGACGGAUUACUUUUAUUUUUGAGACCAUCUGUUCAGCAGAUUGUGUGCUGUACUUUAUGGCUGAUGUUAAUCGAAAAAAUACCAAUGUGGUGGAAUCAUGGGAAAGAAGUAAAGAAAGACAAUCCUACACUCACAUCAUCUCCAAAAAUGCUUCCUUCACAUUCACCUGGGCCUUUCAGAGAAUAAAUGAGGGCCAAGAUAGCAGACAGUUCAUCAAUGACAUGGCCAAGAUCUACUCCAUCACGGUGACCAACGCAGUGGAUGGAGUCGCCUCCUCUUGCCGGGCCUGUGCCCUGGGCUCCGAGCAGUCUGCCUCGUCCUGCGUGCCCUGCCCGCCAGGACACUUCAUCGAGAAGGAGACCAGCCAGUGCAUGGAGUGUCCAGCCAACACCUUCCUGUCCAUCCACCAGGUGUACGGCUGGGAGGCCUGCAUCCCAUGUGGGCCUGGCAGCAAGAGCACCAAGGAUCACUCUGCCUGCUUCAGUGAUUGCCUGGUGUCCUAUGUCAAGGAUAACCAGAGCAUGAAUUACAAUUUUAGCAAUCUCAGCCAGGUGGGCUCAUUGAUGAGUGGACCCAGCUUCACUUCCCGAGGGACCAAGUUCUUCCACUUCUUUAACAUCAGCCUGUGUGGGAAUGAGGGGAAGAAGAUGGCAAUUUGCACUGACAAUAUCACAGAUGUAACUCUGAAGGACAUGGUUGCAGAAUCAGAAGAUUUUUCCAAUUUUGUGGGAGCUUUUGUCUGUCAGUCCACCAUCAUCCCAUCAGACAGCAAGGGCUUCCGAACAGCCCUGGCUCUGCAGUCCAACAGCCUUGCUGACAGGUUCUUAGGAGCUACUGUUGAAACAACGCUGGAAAAUAUCAGCAUCAAGGCAGAUAUGUUUCCUCCCUCUCCAAGCAAAAUACCAGAUGUGCAUUUCUUUUACAAGUCUUCAACAGUGACCACGUCCUGUGAAAAUGGCCGUGCAACUGUUGUGACCAUGAGAUGUAACCCCAACAAACCAGACCAAGGAGAGAUUUCUGUUCCCAGCUCCUGCCCUGCAGGCACCUGUGAUGGAUGCACUUUCUACUUUCUAUGGGAAAGUGCAGAAGCUUGUCCCCUGUGCACGGACCAAGACUACCAUGAGAUUGAGGGAGCCUGCAAAAAAGGAUUUCAGGAAACCUUGUAUGUAUGGAAUGAGCCAAAGCAUUGCAUUAAAGGAGUUUCCUUGCCAGAAAAAAAGACCAGCACUUGUGAAACAGUGGAUUUUUGGCUUAAAGUUGGAGCUGGUGUUGGUGCUUUCACAGCCGUUCUGCUCAUAGCCUUGACUUGCUAUUUUUGGAAGAAGAACCAGAAGCUGGAGUAUAAAUAUUCCAAAUUAGUAAUGACAACGAACUCAAAAGAGUGUGAACUGCCAGCUGCUGACAGCUGUGCUAUAAUGGAAGGAGAAGAUAAUGAAGAAGAAAUAGUAUAUUCAAAUAAGCAGUCACUGCUGGGGAAGCUGAAAUCCUUGGCAACAAAGGAAAAGGAAGAUAAUUUUGAAUCUGUUCAGCUGAAAUCUUCAAGAUCCCAGAAUAUAUGAAGAAUUAAUGCUGCCUUCAAAGAAACAAACCUAAUUUCUAUUUUUACAGGACCAUAUUUUAAACAUAUUCUGGCACACAUUGUAGUGGUGAUCUUGGUGAGAAAUACUUGGCCAUUUAGGAGGAAAGACGACAGAAAGCAAACCAGAAAAUUGGAUUGCCUUACCAUGUGAUUGAGUACCUUGCCAAAAAAAGAAAGCAGAUGCUUGGAUUCCAUACUGGGAAUGAAAUUCAACUCAGGAAGAGAUAUACAUACUGCAAAUAACAUGAAUUUUUUGCAUUCACCUGGGCAACGCUCAGGCAUGCCAUAUGAUUUAUAGGUACCUUUCAUUUCCUUCUCACUCCUUCUGUGCAUAUUCUAAGAAAUAAUUUUCAGAGAGGCCUGCAACCUCCUGCAAAGGUUGUCUGUUGUUGUUUACUGGCAUAACUGUGAGUCUCUCUUGAAAUCAAAAUUUUAAAUGGUACUUGGAAUGAGCCUCAGGUGAGUUUUGAACUUUGGAAAAUACUUUUGAUUUUAAUGCUUUGAAGGUCUGGAUGGUCUGUGUAGACCUCUAAUGCAAGAGGAAUUGUGCUGCACCUUCAAAUUGAACCCAUUUUGGUGCCUAAGUCAUGGCCAUCAAGGUAAAACCUAGUGCUAUUGAAUUUAAACUUGGUAACAGCUGUUGUGUGAAUUGUAGUUCUGGGCCCAUGAGUUUAUAGGCAGUAGCAGGUUCAAACCCUAUAAGGAGAUGUAAAGUGGUACCUACAGUGCAAGUUACACUUGUCCCUCUCUGAGGAAGCUUGUUUUAAGAGAGGUCUUUGGCCACUUCGGUUCAGUGUUCUCCUUUGGGCUGUGUAAAUGUCACUUUUCCCAGGGCUGGGAACCAGCAGAGCCUGAAAUCUGGAGGUACAGCAAAAAUCUCAGCUUUUGAGAUUCAGGGAUCAGCUUUGUCAGUAGGAGGCGUGUUAGAAAUACUCAGCCUCCUUUAUUCCUGGGCCCACGUGAGGAAGGGGGAUGGAUGGAUUGAUGGAUGGAUGGAUUGAUGGAUGGAUGAUGGAUGGAUGGAUGAUGGAUGGAUGGAUG